GUGAGUCCGGACCAGUGGCACUGGGCACUGGGCCGAAACCUCUCCUAUACACAUAUACCCAAGACAGCCGGGACAUCGCUUGCACAGGAUGUUCCCAAGUAUCUGUCGAAAAGAAGCUGGAUUUCCUACCAGGCCUGCUUCGAGGAUAUGAGCCACCACUUUACGAACUCCAUCAACGUGGCAUUCCUUCGCUCCCCGCGGUCACACAUUCUGUCCGAGUUUUUGGAGUGUACUUACGAUGAGUGGGGUAAGUGGAACACCGGCAAACACAAUGAGUGGGCAGAAAAACAGUCAAAUCAUGGUAUCGCCACCACGAAAUUCCCACGGACGGGAAACGAGGAAAAGGAUUUCCAAGCCUGGCUGGGUUACUUUGUCAGCCUCCCCCUCAAGAAUACUGGAGGGCGAAAUGAUUUUCGGUGCAUUGAUCCCCGAGACCUGCAGACGCGACACAUGAGCUGUAGCCUUGGCGACGUACCUUACCGGCAGGACGUCGUGAAUCAUGCAUUGGAAGAUCCCCCGGAUUUGGCCCGUGCUCUCCGCAACAAUGAAGCUGCAGAUUUCCUGGGCAUCGCUGACCUCUACGUCGCAUCUAUGUGCAUGCUUCUUUAUCGUUUGUCUGGUACGCUCGUUUCGGGCUGCACUUGCUCAGAGGCGUCAGCGCCAGGCUUUUCGCACAUCACGCAUGGUGUCCCGCGGCACUCCGAAGACCUGCCGUCACAAGCAGCCAGAUCUGCAGACCUUCUGUCUAAAAUGGAUAGACCGCUCUUCAUCAAUGGCUUGCUGAGGUUCCUGUGUGAUGUCAAAGCCUUUGAAGCAUAUCUGAAACAGCAAGUUGUUUGUCCAGAAAACCUGGACAAACUUUGGCGCAAAAUCCGCUAUCUUUUCUAA